GAAGGAUUCAGCACUGCCCCUCAUGCAAUCAAUUGAUGUUGGCCUGAUACGUGAAUAGCAUUUACUGACAGGUAGGGUGAAGGGAAUAUAUAAGAGCAAUGCUCCUGCCUCAGCCCUCAACAAAGGCCAUCAAACUCAAUUGACAUCGCCAUCGCCAAUACAAAAGCAUAACACAACCUUCCACCAUGGGUUCUCGACUCAUCGAAUCAUUGCAGCACGCAGCAGGCAGGAAUCAAGAGCUGCUUGCCAUCCUCUCACAGACCGACAGUGCACCUGCUGCGCUCAAGCAAAACUCGAUCUACAUCACAGGUCUAGAGAACGAUAUCACCAACACCGACCGGGAGAUCAAGCGACUCCACCGUAUCACCGAAGACGAACGCAAAGACCACAUCAAAUAUGAAGAAAGCACCUUCACUCGCUACAUGUACAAGCUGCGCGGAAAAAGAGGAGAAGCCAAAUUCGCCGCCAAAGCCGGCAAGGAAGAGCAGGAAUUCGUGGAAGCAUGGCAGAAGGAGCGUGAAACACAAGAGACACACAGCGAGCUCACGAGAGCUUUGACAAAUGCCCGACAAGAUCAACAACGCCUGCAAAGCGAGAGCGCUCGAUAUGAGCAAGCUCAGAGGGAACUCGAUAUGCUGUACUCGUCCAUCUUCAAUGGCCCGACGCCUGAGAUCGCCGGUGAAGACCAGUUGGAGUCGAGUCUGCAGAAUAACAAGCAAUGGGCCGAUUCCGCCACCGAACACCAAAACCUACAACGCAGAGCAGCCGAAGCAUUACACGCGACAAUCCAAUGCCUCGAACAUGCCGCACGAGACAUGAACGACGCACUGGACAUGUCUCGCUGGGACAUGUGGGGAGGCGGCACUUUCACAGACAUGAUGGAAAGAGACGCCCUCUCAAAAGCACAAGUAGGCGUAACAGAAGCCCUCCGCCGCAUGGACGAAGCCCGCCGCUGCCAACCCGCCAUCCCUCCCCUCCAAGACAUCAACAUCGACAACGGCCACAUGAUCAGCGACGUCCUCUUCGACAACAUCUUCUCCGACAUGGCCCAACACGAUCGCAUCAAGAACUCCGAUAUGCAAUUGCACAAAGCCCUUCAACAGUGUAAAGAGUUGCUCGAAAAGCAGAAACGCACUUAUCAGGACGCUGCAGCUCAGUGCGGGCAGGCGAAUGAAGCGACAAAUAACUCUCGCCUCGAAUUACAGCGGAUCAGAGCGGAAGCAUUCGAGAGGUUUGCUGGUCAAGGUGCACCGUCUUCAUUUCAAGCGUCGUCGGAAAUGAUGCCACCGCCAUCAUUUCAAGCGUCGGCGGAAAUGGUUGCUCCACCACCUUAUUGAUUUUCCCACCGACGGUUUCCACACGUAUAUGUUAAAUCAUCUAUUGCCCACAAAAAGAGUAAAAAGAGUACAAAGGGUUGAAUGAACAAGCGCAAGUUCCGCUCCACGUCUUUCCAUCGAGUUUGCUCAAAAGGGGUUCGUCCAAAUGAUGUCCAUUCUCGAGUUGCGUGUGGUGCUUUUGCUCAGUCCCAGAGGGUUUGAACCUCGCUGUACCUUGACCGAGAACUAUGUCAUCUCAAGUUAGUUUGUGCAAUGCAUAUGCGUCACCUCUUUCGAGAUGGCUCUUACACUAGAGAGUCUGGCAAGGGAAGGGGGUGGUUGCAAGGAUUAUAUUUGGUAAAGAGCAAGAGGCUAUGCUAUGUAGCUGCUAUACGUGCUUUUGGGCCAUGUAUGUUUAUAUACUCAUUGACUCGUCGAAGUGCCGAAUGCUUUCCAUCUCACCUCUUCCUGCGUCUGAACCUCG